AUGUCUGCUCCCGUCGCUGCUGUCCCCGUCACCUGCUGUGGUCGCGAAGGCGGCUGUGUCUGCGCAAAGGAAGCAACCUGCUCCUGCGGCAAGCAACCCGCUCUCCACUGCACCUGCGAGAAGGCCGCCACCGAGAACAAGGUCGACGGUGCUCGUUGCUCAUGCAACCAACGCGCUGCCGGUGCCUGCACUUGCUCGCGCUCCUCGCAAGAGAAUGCUAAGCCCACUGGUUCCACCUGUGCUUGUGGCAAGAGAUCCAAGGAUUCUUGCUCUUGCAAUGGCACCGAGACCGGUGCUGCCGGCGAUUACCCCCACGAGACCGAUUUCACCACCAAGGCUUAG